CUUCAUGUAUCGUGUCCUUGUACAUGUGACUGCCAGCUACAAAUGUUUUUAAUAGUGAAAACAAUUUAUCGAUAAAAUUAUAGAUUCAAGAUAAGUAUGUCAUUAAGUGUGGUGUCCUUAGCAGCAGGCUUAAGCUUAAAAAUAGCAAUUCGCCAACCUACACGUACUGUGGUGAAAGCAUAUCUUUGCAACUAUUCAACAAACAAGGUAAUUUCAUCAACUGACCAUGGAACAUGGCCAAGAAAGAAAACGUCGAGGAAAAAGAACCAAAAGCUUAAAUUCAAUGAACAUCUAUCUUGGGAGGAACGAUUGGCGGAUGCUGUGACCCCAUUGUGGAGGCUGAAUUACAAUGAACAAUUGGAACUAAAACAGAGGAAGCAGAAGGAUAUCCUGCUUCAGCUCUCGGACCAGAUUUCAAUGAAAAACUCUUCACAACUGACUUCAGCAUCACAUUCAACAAUAGAUAACAGUAAACUUCGUUUUCCUUUACUUCCUAUAAAGGCAUCACCUGCUAUCGUUGGCUACCGAAACAAAUCCAACUUCUCUGUCAACAGAGGAGUUGAUGGCAACCCAAAGACGGUUGGUUUUUAUGUUGGCACAGGCAAAGCUGGCAAUAUUAUCUGUGUCAAUGGGGAUAACCUUAUUAACAUGCCAGAAAAACACCUGCUGGUGGCCAGAUGCUACCAGGACUUUAUCCGCCUCUCUUCUCUGGAACCCUGCCUCCUCUUCCAUACUGGGGGCCACUGGAGAGAUAUCACAGUAAGAACCAAUACAAAGGGACAUACUAUGGCAAUAGUGUACUUCCAUCCACAGAGCCUGACUCCAGAGGAAAUAGACUUCCACAAAUCGGCUCUAGUGGAGUACUUCAUCCGGGGACCUGGAGUCGUCUGUCAGCUCAUCUCCCUGUAUUUCCAGGAAAGUUCUGUGACUCGCUGUAGUCAUGAGGAAUCUCCCUACCAGGUCCUACAUGGCUGCCCACACAUAUACGAGGAGGUGUUGGGGUUUAAGUUUCGCAUCUCAGCAGAUGCAUUUUUCCAGGUGAACCAGGGAGCUGCAGAGGUGCUCUAUCACACCGUGAGAGAGAUGUGCCUACCAGACAGAGGAAGAAGAGAAAGAGGUGGUAUCCUCCUGGAUUUGUGCUGUGGAACAGGUGCCAUUGGCAUUGCCAUGUCCCCCAGAGUGGACAGAGUCAUUGGCAUUGAGCUCAUUGAACAGGCUGUGGAGGAUGCCAGACACAAUGCAGCCCUCAAUGGGGUGUUCAACUGUGAAUUCCUUCAGGGAAAAGCGGAAGUGGUUCUGCCUCAACUAAUACCCGAGCUGAGCUCUAUAAGUAGGGAGCUGACAGUUGUGGUCAACCCUGCCCGCUCCGGCCUGCACUACCGUGUGGUCCGGGCACUGCGGAACACUCCCUCUGUCCGCAGGCUGGUCUAUAUAUCCUGUAAACCUGAGGGAGAGGCCAUGAGGAACUUCAAGGAGUUGUGCUGCAGUCCAGACCCUCAAAAGAAGCUCAUAGGAGAAGAGUUUUCUCUGAGAGUGGCUGUGCCUGUAGACAUGUUCCCACAAACACCACACUGUGAACUUGUGCUACUGUUUGAAAGAUGAGCUGCUGGGAUCCUGGUGAGAAGUGGACAGAGUGCAAUUAUGAUGAUUUCAUACAAAUGUCCUCAUUACAGCACUUUGGAAUUCUACUGACACUAUCAACACUAGAUGGAGCCAUUUCAAGUGUGUCAAGGCAGUUCUCUAUUACCAAUCAACACGAGUAGCGAUUCAAGUGUUGACACCAAAGUUCAUACAAGCUGGCAGAAAGAAUUUUAAGGAUAAGGAUUUUUUUUCUCCAAAGAAUGGUACAUGAGCAGGAACAAAAAUAAGUACUGAGGUCCAGUUAAAACCACUCACAAAUAAAAAACGAAACUACUCAUCAUAAAUAAAUACAAUAAAUACAGAUAACCAAUAAUACACACACAUAGAUAAAACAAAUUUAACGGCAGGGUAUUUAAUGUGUUUGAGCAGCACUUUUUGUCUUAUUUGCCCCCCCCCACCCCACAAAACUUUUUUUUUUGAUAGCAGCAAAUACAUUUAAAGGUUUGACGCUAAUAUGUAAUCAAUCCGACAUCUGUGGGCCUCGCAAGACUGUUAUAAACACAACCAAUCACUAGGCAAUACCCUGACUAAUGAUUGGACGGGCUACCUGUCUGUCUACCUACCUACCUGCGCACACUCUGCCCCUGCACUCAAUGUGCGUCACUGUAAUUUUGUGGGAGUGGAAUAGAAGGGAGAGGGUGGGAUACAUUGGACCUCAGUACCUGGUAUCGUUCCAGCUCAUGUACCAUGUUUUUGGAAUUACAAUAAAUUGUCCUUAUCGUUGUUAGUGAUGCUAGAUGAACACAUACACACAUGUGGGUAGCCGUGACACCAACACACACACUUGAGUAUCCACACAAUGAAAUUACGUUUUCUGCAUUACCCCCCAUCCUGUUGUCCUUCCUCGAAAGACAGCCAGGAGCAGUGAUCAGUCAUAUCAACUGGUGUCAAAAGGCGACUGAAGUCCAAGUGCUCAUCUUGUGCCUUGGCCAGGGACAUGAGCAAAAGAGGAAUUUGUCCUGUAUGUUUUUAUUGGGGUUCUUUGUGGAAACCCUUGUGAGCACAUACAGACAUAUAUACGUACAUCAUUUGUAUGUUCACCCCACAGGAGUACCAACAGGCUGCAAGUGACCCACAAUCUUCUUGCUCCCAGCCACUAUGAACUGUGAGCUAACGUAUUACAUCAUAACUGCAAAAAGUGAGGGGAGUUUUGUCAGAUAUGAGGAUAGAGGGUAGAUGUCAGAGCUUGCGUUUGACCUGCUGGUACCUUUUUAUAAAGCAGACAGCAUGUCAACAUUGGUGAUGGGGAAAGCGAUGAGGCAGAUAAUGCAUCUUGCCACAUAUUUGGCCUUCCGUACCCUUCUUGCACGACACAUUCUUUGGUCAGGACAUACCCUGAUUGCAUCAGAAUUCAGAUUUUUAUUAGGUAUGACAGAUUAUACAUGCAACAUUUAUAACUGUGGAUUCUUGUUUCUUCUUUUUUAUAUCUGUUGGCCAUCCCUGGGGUACUGGGUCUAAAGUCUCCCAUGUGUUAUGUUCACCAGAACACCUCCCAAAUACCAAAUGUAUCCUUCUUCCAAUGGUCUUGCUGUGUCACAGAAUCCAGUCAUUGAAUACAAAUAUAUAUGUAUAUAUUUUGGAGAUCUAAAUGUUGUGUGUGCUAUAUAUACUUUAGAGCUCUCUAUAACAAUAAAAUGUAUAGAAUCCUACGGUUUUACAUACAACCGAUGUUAGUUAUUUACUGUGCCUUUUGUUAAUCUAAAUUAAACAUUUAUAGUAACCUUUUGUUACUGUGUAUGCAUAUGCAUAACUUUUAUAGAGGGUUGCUAGGGUGUUUUUUAAUUACCCAUCAUAAACUACCCUACAAUUUUUUAUCAUGUUUUCAACUAAAAGAUUAGAUGUAUAUCUGUAUGGAUUACUCAUCAUACAACUAAGGCAAGUCAACAGGUUCCAACCAGUAUAUUAAUGCUACGUUGAGGCUAAAGGUGUUUUUCUACAAACCAAAAAUAAUAUUAGGCGUGAAUUCGGGUAAUCUGGGACAUUGGGUAAUGUGGGACACUUCAACUCCAGAGCGUUUUCUUCCCUGCUAUGAAAAUGUCAAGUCCACAGAACUUUGACUAUAGGUUUGGCAUGGAUGUUAUUGGUGUGGUGUCACAGAAACGGUCAGGGCACUAGUCAAUCGGGAAGCUCCAAUGAGAAAAUGCAUGCAAAAAAUGUCCCAGAUUACCCAAAUUCCCCCUAUACUAUUUAAGAUAGCAUUACUUUAAAUGUAUUUUUAAGAUUACAUUAACAUUUAAAGGUAACAUUACAAAAUGUGAUGCCACCUUUAAACCGUGUGCAGAUGGUUAACUUCAACCUACUGUUGUGUGUAAGCUAAACAUAAUGUUAUGUGUCUACCUGGUACAGUUCCCCAAGUAAAAAUAGAAUCAUUCAAUUUUCUGUUUGGAGUGACCUACUUUUAAGCCCUCGGUUACGUAGGCUACUGCUGGUCACUGAUGUAAGUAACAAAAAUGUAAAGAUGGUUGCACGCCCAUGAAGCAAACCAUCUCUGUUGACAUACCUUAUGUAAUCCCCAAACAAAUACAUGAUCAUGACUAAACAAUGAGUGUUACUGUGAAAAAAAA